AUGGCAAACGAGGCAGAGUUGACCAUCACAAAGGUCUGCAACACAAUUUCCACAUCUCUAGCUGGCGAUGACCCGGUAACCAAAGGACAUGUCUCGAAGAAGUACAUCGGUACUUUGGCCGAUCAGCAAGACAUGUUGGCCUUGGGGAAAGACCAAGUCCUGAGGAGAAAUUUUCGGUUCAUCUCCAUCGUGGCCUUCGGGUGCACAUUGAUCGCCUCAUGGGAGGUCAUUUUGACGAUGAUGAGUACUCCCUUAAUGAAUGGUGGAACUGCCGGUUUUAUCUGGGGAUUCGUGGUAGUCGCAGUUGGUGUCACGCUCCUUUUUGCCAGUUUGGCUGAGAUGGCUUCCAUGGCACCCACUGCUGGAGGACAGUAUCACUGGGUUUCGGAGUUCGCACCGAGGCGCUGUCAAAAGUUUCUUAGUUACAUCACCGGCUGGCUAUGCGCAACUGGCUGGGAGUGUGCCAUCGCUUCGAUUGCGUUCUUGGGUGGCACGAUCAUUCAGGGACUGGCUGUCCUCAACUAUCCUGAUUACGUCUUUGAGCGGUGGCACGGCACUCUGAUUACGAUCGCAAUCUCCCUUUUCGCCGUGAUUUUCAACACCUUUCUAGCCAAAAGGCUUCCUCUGGUCGAAGCAUUUGUACUUAUUCUCCACGUCGCCGGUCUUUUCAUCAUCAUCAUUCCGCUUUGGGCACUGGCACCCAUCAGUGACGCGAAGACGGUUUUCACUAAGUUCUCAAAUAGUGGGGAGUGGAAUAGCGAUGGGACUGCAACGAUGGUCAGCUUGGUCACUGCCAUUACUGCCAUGAUUGGAUAUGACUGCACGGUUCAUAUGUCCGAAGAAGUUCGCGAUGCUUCGUCAACCUUGCCCAAGGCCAUCAUGUCGGCCCUCGCAUUGAAUGGAUCGAUGGCAUUUGUCGUUCUGAUUACACUCUGCUUUACCAUGGGAAACGUCGAUGAAAUUCUCGAGACCGACACCGGUUAUCCUUUUAUCCAGGUUUUCUACAACGUCACCAAAAGUUAUCCGGCGACUAAUGCAAUGACAUCGAUUGUAAUCCUCACAAUCAUGUCCAGUGUCAUAACGGAAGUAGCUACCGCCUCGCGUCAAUUGUGGUCUUUUGCUAGGGAUGGUGGUAUUCCAUGCGCUAAAUUUUUCAGUCAUGUCACGCCUGGCUGGAAUAUCCCCCUCAACGCUGUUCUCGUAUCGCUUGCUCUCACCAUUCUACUGAGCCUAAUCAACAUCGGCUCAACCGUGGCUCUAAACGCCUUGAUUACUCUCACUAUCGGAUCAUUAUUAAACUCCUACAUUGUCACCGUUGCCUGCGUCGCAUGGAAAAGAAUCUCCGGAGAGCCCCUUCCCCCUCAUCGCUGGUCCCUAGGCCGCUGGGGUCUUCUUAUCAACCUCGGGGCUUUGGCCUUCCUUAUCCCGGAGUUCAUUUUCGUCAUGUUCCCUUUGACCUCCACGGUUACGCCGGAGUCGAUGAACUGGAGCUCGCUAAUGUAUGGAGGCAUGUUGAUUUUUUCGAUUGCUUACUAUUUUCUUUACGGACGAAAGACCUAUGUUCCACCCGUGGCAUUGGUGAAGCGUGAGUCUUGA